GAGCUGUAAUUAUGGAGUUAACUAAUACAAGUCCCUUUAAAUCUAUUUAAAUAUGAAGAAGUGGUAAAUGAGAGACAUAUUUUAUAUAAUAAUUAGAAUACUAAUAAAUAUAUUUUACCAUAGUUUAAUUUCUAGAUGUUGAUUGUUUAAAUUUUUAAUCGUUCUUAUAUUCCACAUAAUAUUAUUAUCUGAGCUUCAUUAACAUCAAUUUGCUUCAGACUAGAGGUUGAUAUUUGUUUUGCCUGUUUCAGAAACCAUGGUGCGGAUUAUUGGUAUUUAUCUAUUUCUGCUGCUGGGUGUCGCAGCAGCAGGCCAGGGGCUGUUGGUGUCAGUAACACAGCUGACUUCGCUGGAGCAAAUCAAAGAAAGUUUACUGAAUAGUCUGCAGAACUUGCAAUGCUCAAAAAAGACGGGCUGUAAGAGCUGGGAGUCUGUUCAAUCCAAAGACAUACUGACAUUGAACACAUCUGGCACCUACUGCUGUAAAGGCUCAAACCUUUACUGUCGUCUGGAGGUACAGGUACUAAAAGGUUGUUUAUAUGUUUAUGGUGUGGAAUUCUCAAAAAACCCCGAAUGCAAAAUAAAUGUUGACAAGCAAUACUGUGCAAACGCAUGUCUGAAGAAUCAGAGCUGUCAUUUCUUCACUUUCAACAAAAGAAGCAAAGAUUGUUUCCUGAUGGCAUCAAUUGAUUUAAAGGAUAUAAACAUCGAUGGAAAUAUCUUCUCAGGGUACUUUCAAAAGAACUACUGCACAGAUGCCUCGUUGGCGGAUUUAAUCACCCCCUUUAACAAUUCUGAUUACGACACAGGACUCUAUUUUUACAAUGACAGCAGAAGCUGGUUUUAUGCUCUUAGGUUCUGUGGCACACAGAAUUACACUCUGGUUGAGAUCACUGAUGGCACGGUGGAGGAUGACGUAACAAAUCUACUACAAAAUGAGACAGUCACACAGAACGGGGUGUGGGUCGGUCUGGAACGCCCCAUCUUUGGCUUCGACACCACCUGGAGGUGGAUUACAGGAGGAGAAGUUAACACGUCUCAGUGGAGCAGCAGCUCUCCUCCAUCCUCCACUAACAAAUACUGUGGGAAGAUAAUCUGGGUGAACGAGACACAAACAAUUAAACUGCUUGAUGACGACUGUUUUAAAGAGUUACCUUUUAUCUGCCAAGGUAAGAUGUUUAAAUGAAGCCUCAGUCAGAUUUUUCAUCAUUUUUCUUGACAGUAAAGAAAUACUGAUCACCUUUGUCUUUAUUCUACCAGAUUCUACAUAAAGACUGUGAAGUCCGGACAAUUCUCAUUUUUAUUCUUCUUUUUGUGACUUUUUUUUAAUAUUCUUGAUUUUCACCAGGGCAUUGAAAGUAACAUACAGAUGUGUUAAACCAUCAGUUAUACUAUAAAUAUAAUAAACUAUUGUGUUUACUCACAACAUAAGCACCAAAAAAAAUACUCAUUUGAGAAUCUUACAAAUGUAAACAACAUCUUGGCAAAAACAAAAUAUAAUUCUUUGUUGUCUUUUUUGUCAGAAUCUGAAAGCUCAUUUUCCAUAAAAAGACAUUUAAGCUAUUAGAGGAGCUUAGUAUGUACACAGCACUGAUGUUUCCCACACAACCCACUGAUUCACAUUGCACUGAAGACAUUUAAUUUUCUUUACUCUGAAAUAUUUUUAUUUCUUAAGUCUUCAGAGUUUAAUGUAGUUUUAUACC